AAAUAACAUGAUAUUUGCCAUUGCAACUUAGGUGUCCUUCUAUUUGAGAGAAUAAACAAUAAGCGAGCUGUGGGUGUCAGUAGUAUCCGUGGGGAAGCUAAAGCAAGCGGCCAUGGACUUCUCCACUCUAUCAGAGGCGUUGGAAUCCAAAUCCUACGCCAAGAUCGCCGAUAUCUGCGACAACCUCAUGCUUCAGGUUGCGGCGGAGGGCGUCCCCUAUCAGGACGAGUGGCCCUACGCGAUUCAUCUUCUGGGUCACAUUUAUUCCGAUGAUACUAAUAGUGCACGGUUUCUAUGGAAAUCAAUACCUGCUGCAAUCAAAGACAACCAGCCAGAACUGCUUGCUGCUUGGAAAAUUGGCCAGAAGUUAUGGGUAAGGGACUAUGGAGGUGUGCAUGAGGCUAUUCGUGGAUUCGAUUGGAGCCAGCAAGUUCAAGGCCUUGUCGCUGCUUUUUCAGAGCUUUACACAAAGAAAAUGUUUCAGUUGCUGCAGUCUGCUUAUUCCACAAUAAGCAUCCAAGACACUGCUCUUUUUCUAGGAAUGAAUGAGGAUAAUGCUACAAAUUAUGUGGUACAGCAAGGCUGGAUUUUGGAUGCUGCUUCUCAAAUGCUUACAGUGAAGAAACAACCACUUGUGAAAGAGCAGAAACUAGACCCCAGUAAAUUGCAGAACUUGACAGAAUAUGUGUUCUACCUAGAGCAUUAAAGGAGAUUUUUUUUUUCAAGAGUUCAGCUACUGCCGAUGAAUUUUUUUGAUGCACCGAAAAUCAUUGAAUUUUUUGACAAUUUUCUUAAGUAGUUUGAGGAGUUCUGGUAAAUAUGUAGCAUUUUUACUUUGAUCAUGUUGAAAUCAUUGAGAGAUUUACUCAAUUCUUAUCUGAAUUUAUCAUUUUUGUUGGUUA